UCAAUAGACAGGCGAGGCUAAAAUCGCUCAAAAACCCAAUCAAAACCCUCUUACCCAGCGACGCCGUUUCUCGUCAUUCUCUUUCUCUCUCUCUCUGUGUCUCUCUCCGCUGUUCCGCCGCCAGCUCCGUCGUCGAAAGAGUCCGAAGCCGCGUCUCGAGACAAGAUGGGUGAGAGUCAAGAGAACGAUGCUCUUCCAGAGAACAAGCCUCCCACCGAACAGGAAAUUUCUGAUGAACUAGACCUGAGAAUAAAGAAGUAUCUCAGAGGAGAAGGUGCUAAUCUGGAGGUUUUGAAGGAUAAAAAGUUGAAGGGUCAACUAGCUGUUAAGGAAGAAUUAUAUGGAAAAUCUGCAAAGGCUGCUGCUAAGGCUGAGAAGUGGCUUAUGCCUAGUGAAGGGGGUUAUCUGGAGGCUGAAGGCAUAGAGAAGACAUGGAGGUUCAAACAGGAGGCAAUAAGUCGUGAAGUAGACAUCUCAAGCUCAAGGAACCAAUAUGAUAUUGUUUUACCAGAACUUGGUCCAUACACACUGGAUUUUACUUCAAGUGGCCGGUAUUUGGCUGUGGGUGGUCGCAAGGGCCAUCUGGGAAUUGUGGACAUGAUAAGUCUGAGACUAAUUAGGGAGUUUCAGGUAAGGGAAACAGUCCGUGAUGUGGCAUUCUUGCAUAAUGAGCUCUUUUUUGCUGCUGCCCAGAAAAAGUAUUCAUACAUCUAUAAUCGAGAAGGCACAGAGCUUCACUGCCUCAAGGAACAUGGUCCAGUAUUGAGGCUUCAGUUUCUAGAAAAUCAUUUUCUCUUGGCUUCAAUCAACAAAUUAGGACAACUUCGAUAUCAGGAUGUUACAAUGGGUACCAUGGUUGGUAAUUUUCGAACUGGCUUAGGACGGACAAAUGUGAUGCAAGUAAACCCCUUCAACGGGGUUGUUUCUUUAGGUCACUCAGGUGGUACUGUUACCAUGUGGAAGCCAACCAGUUCUUCUCCUCUUGUCAAGAUGCUAUGUCAUCAUGGGCCUGUCUCAGCACUGGCAUUUCACUCAAAUGGCCACUUGAUGGCCACUGCUGGGAAAGAUAAAAAAAUUAAGCUUUGGGACUUGAGGAAAUUUGAGGUUCUUCAAACACUACCAGGUCAUGCAAAUACCCUGGAUUUUAGUCAAAAAGGCUUGCUUGCAUGUGGUAAUAAUUCAUCAAUCCAGGUUCUGCGAGAUGUUUCUGGUACACAAAAUUAUUCUAGGUACAUGACUCAUUCCAUGGUGAAAGGUUACCAGAUAGGAAAAUUAGUAUUUCGACCAUAUGAAGAUGUUCUGGGCAUAGGUCAUUCCAUGGGCUGGUCCAGUAUUCUUAUUCCAGGAGCAGGAGAACCCAACUUUGACUCGUGGGUUGCAAAUCCGUUUGAAACUAAUAAACAGAGAAGAGAAAAGGAAAUACGGUCUCUUCUUGAUAAGCUUCCACCUGAGACUAUCAUGCUGGAUCCCAGCAAGAUUGGUACUGUAAAACCCAAAAAAGAGAAGACAGCAAAGCAAGAUAAAGAGGCUGAGAUAGAAGCUGCCCUUGAAGCAGCUAAGGGCAUAAAACUGAAGAACAAAUCGAAAGGAAGAAACAAGCCAGGUAAAAGGAUGCAGAAAAAGCAAGAGGCAAUUGCAAGAGUGAAAAGGCCCUACUUGGAGCAGAAAAUUCAAGAAGAGGAAAACAUAUCAAGAAAGAAGCAGAAAAAUAGUGAGGGUGUUGAACUACCAAAAUCUUUACAGCGUUUUGCUCGUAAAAAGGCAUCUUCAUGAUUUAACUGUCCAUUUGAGUUUUGUUUUCGUCUUUCUAUUUUCACCAUAUUAUUUUUAAGCGUCUUAUUUGUAUUUUUUUGUUGUCAUUUUAUAUUUGUAGCUUAUUUUAGCUUUUGAUGUUGAUUUUUUUUUUUUGCCUUUUAAUUAAAGGCAUGUCUAAAUUUUGUUUAAAGACCCUUUGAUUAGAACAAUUUUUAAUGUUAAAAAAAUUGU